CAAACACGCACCCACUGAUGAAGGGACACUCUGACUAGCCGACCGAACCAUUACGCUGAAACUACAGUGACUAGUAUUUUUGUCUUUAUAUUUUAUGCAAUAUUUUCAACGAAAUCAAAGAAUAUGCAUUUUUUUCCACGAAUAGAUGUCCGUAGUUUCGAUUGGUUUAGUGAAAUGGGUUUUUCUAGGUUGUUGAAAGGUUUCGUAGCACCCCUGUGUUAGUAUUUGGUGGGCCCUCUUCCAUCCGUUAUAGCGGACAAGGACACCAGCCCUUCCUUGAUAGUAGAGAGCGGCUCCACAAUCAGUCGCAAUGUCACGACUGUUAAGAUCCAAUUUGAGGGGUUUACUGACCAUGCAGAUCCGGAUGUCAUCCGACCAGCUGGGUGAGCUGGGCAAAGGAGCAGGUAAGGGUGGAGGUGCUGGAGGCGCUGUGCGAGAGGCUGGAGGAGCUUUUGGCAAAAAGCAGGCAGCUGAAGAAGAACUCUACUUCAAGCGUAAGGAACAGGAGCAGUUGGCUGCACUCCGGCAGCACCACCAAGAGGAGAUCGAGCACCACAAGAAGGAGAUUGAGCGGCUGCAGCGCGAAAUUGACCGGCACAAGGGCAAGAUCAGGAAGCUGAAGCACGAUGACUGACGGUCUCGCUGCCGUGGUGCUCUGCCAAUGUACUUGAGUGCCUCCGGGGCCAAUGAGACGACACUCCAUGUCCCCCUGCCAGGCUCCCUCCUCUGACAGGAUGCUUCACCUUUGUGUUCCACUGCAUGUGUGCACACUUUAUGAUUAUGUGCUUGAGUUCAUUAAAAGAAAUUUUCUUCUAUUAAA